UUCACAAUUAAUACUGACUCAGUUCACACAGCUGCUGCCCAAAUCAACAUUCACACCUAUCAUGUCAUCAGACGUAGGAAGCUAACAACUUUUGUUUGGGCCCGACGCAUCUUCAGCCUAGGCUGUCCUGAAACCGGAUAAGGGGCGCAUACAUACCUAUCCUAGUCCAACCCGCCGCGUUGGCGCAUCCUGAGCCCAUCAACCACAUUCCUAAACCCACCUUCAUCAUUGCUCCCUACUGCACCGACUGCGUUAGUGGAUUUAGUCUGUCAGUCCUUCGCACCCAUACGCUUCCUUCACAGAGCUACCCACUUCCACUUUUUUCCUUCCCAAAAAAACAACAGUCGCCUUGUGGAUUUUGACCCAUUCAUGCGUGCCAUGUUCACCGGGUCGACUGCCACCACUGCGAUCACCGACCCCCCGGAUCCCGGGAACAACACUUCCUCCUCCACCACCACCACGUCGCAGCUCUUCACCCCCCCUCCCCCUCCGCCGCCUGCUGUCUCCGUCUCUGCUGCAGAUGAUUCCUUUACGCGACGAAUCAGAUCCAAAUCUUCCCUGCGCAGCCUCCGCAGCCUUGGAAGCAACAGUACGCACGAAGACGACCCUGACGACAUCCCCGACCCCAGCGCUGAGAAGACCCUCAUUCGCCCGUCCAUUCUCCGUCGAUUAUCCCCCGGCCUCGCCGCUCGCGUCAAGUUGCUCGACGGCAGCAAUAGCAAAUCCAACAGUCCAUCCCGAGUCGGAGCCGUCGGUCGGAUCCCCGAGGAACACAUUAAGGAGUUGGACAGCUUGCAUCAGGACUUAUCGAUAAGGAUCCAGAAAAAGGGUCGCGCGUGGAACGGGCUGCACCGGUCCCACAAGGAGAGGAAACGGCAGAUCGAACAACAUUACUCACAGCACCCGCAAUCGCAUUCAAACCACCUGGAGGUUCCCGACCCAGAGCUUCCGGAGGAGUUACUCGCAGACGAGCUGUACCCAGAGGAAGAGGAAGCUUACGAAACAACGGAACAAGCGCCAGAACAGGACCUGCCACCGCCAAGGCCAGAGCCAGACUUAUUUUCACCGACCGCGAUAUCGGCCCCAGAAGAGCUCUCAGUGAGGGAGAAGGUCGACGCAGAGGUCGAGGAAGAUAGACGAGCAGAGCCAGGAGCUUACCUGGAGCCAGAACCAGGACCAGAACCAGAAUCAGAACGAGAAUCAGAACGAGAAUCAGAACCAGAAUCAGAACCAGAAUCAGAACUAGUAGCCGAAGCUCCAGCCGAAGAACUGCAACAGGAAGAGCUAGUGAGUGAAGACUCACCAGCCGACAUGGCUGCCGUCGAACGAUCUCGGCUGCCACUCCGCCCCGGAUCAGUGAACGGGAUGCCGUCCACGAACCCGACGGACUUCGAAAAGUACCUCAAAAGCACUAGUGACAACGAAUCAGGGCCCCCUCCCCCGCCACCGAAAGACUCCCCCCGACCCUUGUCUAUUUCUUCUACAAACUCGCAAUCCUACUUCAAUCCCUUAGGUCUACAACGCACAGAGUCGAUAUACUCGUUCUCAAGGGCAUCCUUUAGCAAUCAGCUCUCGCAACUUACAUCCAUAUCCCUCCCUCAACCAUCCUUGCUGGAAGCCGGCAUCGCCUCGAUACCCACUGCUUCCGCGGCCGUGCGAGCGCUUACGGGAGCCGCAGACCAGAUUCAAAUAUGGAUCAAGAAGGCAUCGGGUGUUUUAAGCGGGCUAGACGCGGAGGAUGAUGUCGAAUGGGCAGCUGCCGGAGGUCGGGAAGGGCUAGACGGGGUUGACGGAGCGAUCACGCGGUUCGAGAGUCUGAUCAACGUUUACGUCAAAGCUAUUGAGGACGUUCAGCUGCGCGAUGAUAUCGAGAGCGUCUCCACUGAUCAAUUGAAUUUGAUCGUCAUCCAGAUGGACGGCAUCAUUCAGAGUUGGUCGCAGAUCAAGAAUCGACUGAAGGGGGUCAAAGAACAGGUGGAGUUGGCGAUGGAAUGGGAAGAACUAUGGAGUAAUGUCCUAGGCGAUGUCAGUGUUGAGGUAGAGAACCUCGGUCGCCUCAUCUUCGAAAUGGAGGAAAAACGACACUGGACCUUGGCAGGCGAACAAGAUUCAUGUGCUACCGGGCUCGACAUCAAUGAGCUGGAGACCAUCGUUGAGGAGACACCGGCGGGUGGACGCAACAGCAAGCGGUUCAGUCUGGAACCCCUUUUCACGGCAACACCUAAUUUGGACAUGCCUAUCAUUCAAACACCGCAGGACGACUCCAAUCACUCCAAUCUGAUCGCUUUAUUUGCUAGGAUUCAACCACUGCGUGCCUCGCUCGACUUUCUUCCCAUGCGGCUGUCCAUGUUCCAGUCGCGGGCCGAGCGCAUCUUCCCCAGCGCGUGUCAAGAGCUGGAAGACCGACGCAAUCAGCUCGAAAAGGCCUACAAGGGUCUGGAAGCAGACGCAGAAGCUUUGCGGAAAGAGCUUAGCGAGGACCGCUGGAUUCUCGUAUUCCGCAACGCGGGCAGCCAGGCGCAGAAAAUGUUUGAGUCGGUCGAGAGGAGCAUCGGGAAGCUUCAAGAAGCCAUUGAGACCCGCACUCAGCUGCAUAACCCGGCCCAAUUCACUAAACGCGUGGAAAGUUACGACGCGAAGAAACAGCAUUAUGUUGCUGCCAUUGAGCGGGUAGUGUCAAUCAUCCAGAAGGGCGUGAACGACCGUCUUACGCUCAAUGGGGAGACCUUACGGCUACUGUCGGACAUGACGUCGCGGGUCGAUGCUCUGAAGGCGAGCAUCCGUGUCAUGGAUGCAUCCCUGGAAGAUAUCAGCUUUACACGGUCCCAACAUUUGCGCGACUCUAUCUCCAGCAUCCUCACGUUGGAUAGCCCACUGACCGGGAGUGUCGCCGAGACGCCCGGCAGCUCCCCGGCUUCAUCGGUAAUAAUGACCCCGGCCACUGCGUUGAAGCGAGCAACCACACCCGUCAACAACUCCAGUCGCCGUGGUAGCUCGGUCAGCUCGGUAGCGCGGACGACGAUGUCGAAAGUGCGACGGUACUCUGGCCUGCCCCAAGUUGCAUCCUCAUUCACGGCGAAGAAGUCGGCGAUUCCGAAAGCGUCACUUGGGGUGACCUCGCCCACUAAGCAGGUGGCCGCGACGCCUACGCCCGCGGCGCGCAAGCCCGUGCCUCGCACCCCAGCGCUGCCGCCAGCGUUGGCCAACCGGCCGCGGUGGACCAACAGUACCAACCUCAACGACAUGAACACGUACAAGUCGAACUCGCUCAACACGCCUUUCCGCAAGUCCUCCGCCCAAGGUCACCCAUCACGACCUUCCUCUACCAUUCCCAUGACGCCAUACCGUCGCGAUAUGUCGCUGUCGCCGGCGCCCAUGAGUUCGCGGUCCGUCAGUCGGGUGUCGAGCCGGCUAGCGUCGCGCAGCCCGGCGCGUGUGGCGUCUCCGACCCCGAACCGCUCCAUUCUGGAUCCUCCUCCUUAUAGCAAACUACGCCGACCCGACGGGUUGGCUACCGCGCCGCGCAGCCGCCAGAGCUUCGCGGGGCUUUCAUUCAGCCGCAGCGUUUCGCAGGACCACAGCCACGCGCUGGCGAGUCCGACCAAGGUGCCUUCGACCCCACGGCCGGAGACGUCGCUGGGACAUGCGAGCCGUCGCAUCAGCUUGAUUCCAUUGCCUAAAGGCCGGGCCGGCAAGGACAAUGCGCCCGGCACGCGCAGCAAGCUCGGCGAGCGACCUCCCUGGCGGGGUUAGUGGCAUUUGUUUUUGUAUUGUUGUAGUUUUAUCGGAGCAUUGCGAUUCGGGUUUCGUGGUGUGUCAUAUAGCAGAUUUGCGUGUCUUUGCAGAUUGAUAUCCCCUCAAGCAUUUUUAGC